AAUAUCCCCACGCCGAAGCUCUGCUCCUUGUGCCUUCAGAUGAGAGCGCCUUCGGAUCUUUGCGCUUGGGUCCUUGUUCACACCAGCGCUGUCCUGGGCUGCCCAGGUGCCAGCGGUGUGGCCCAAUCUCUGGGGCCUCUGCAUGGCUGGCUAAGAGCAUCGCGGAGCUGGUGUGAGGCGGGAGCUAGAGGCUAGAAGGCGCCUAAUGCUCCUGGCGCCGCUGGCGGCGGAGACCAAAGCGCCGGGAAAGGAAGAAGGCAGAAGCGCCUGGGGGGCGGGGGGAAGAGAGGAGGGAGUAGGGUGCUGCUGGGGCGCAGGUCAGGCGGUCCCCCUCCUUUGGCGCUCUCUCCGCCUCUAAGGCGCCCACCCAGGUCCGAGAACCUAGCGGCAGGACCAUGAAGAGGAAGAGACGGGGCGGCCAGCUGAGCGGAGGGCAUGGGCGCCACUGAUCAGCCAAGCAAGUCACGUCUGGGGCGAUUGGGUUGGUUUUUUUCCUCCCCCUUUUCCUUUCUUCCCCUCCCUUGUUGUCGAGGGCAAAGUGGAUGUAGCAGCGCCAUGCCCGGACUGGAGUGAGAGCGAGUGAAAAUGGCGUACAUACAGGACAGUUGGAGCCAUUAAAUGAGGGCUUUCUUUCUAGAAUCUCUGAUCUGCUGCUGUGUAGAUGGACCUGUCGUCACUGCUGUCAAAAAUGUUAUGAGUGUAGCUGCUGCCAGUCAAGUGAAGAUGAAGUUGAAAUCUUGGGACCUUUCCCUGCCCAGACUCCACCCUGGUUGAUGAGCAACCGGAAUGAAGAUAAGAAUGGGGACUCAGACCACACUGCCAGUGAAGCUCCUCCAACCCCACAGGAUGAUUCUCCAGAUCGAAGACGGUCGUCUUCAGAUACAUCGAAGUCUGCGUACAGCCUUACCCGGAGGAUUUCAAGUCUUGAGUCCAGACGGCCCAGUUCUCCUCUAAUUGAUAUUAAACCCAUUGAGUUUGGGAUUAUUGGAGCCAAGAAGGAAAUCAUCCAGCCCUCAGUGCUCAGAAGGACCUAUACCCCUGAUGACUAUUUCAGAAAGUUUGAGCCCAGACUGUACUCCCUUGACUCUAACAGUGACGACAUGGAUUCGCUGACAGAUGAGGAGAUUUUAUCCAAAUACCAGCUGGGCAUGUUGCAUUUCAGCACUCAAUAUGAUCUGCUGCAUAAUUACCUAACAGUGAGGGUGAUUGAGGCCAGGGACCUGCCACCUCCCAUCUCCUAUGAUGGCUCCCGACAAGAUAUGGCUCAUUCAAACCCUUACGUGAAGAUUUGCCUCUUGCCUGACCAGAAGAAUUCCAAGCAGACAGGGGUUAAACGCAAGACCCAGAACCCCGUGUUUGAGGAGCGCUACACCUUCGAGAUCCCAUUUCUAGAAGCCCAAAGAAGAACUUUGCUUCUAACCAUAGUGGAUUUUGAUAAGUUCUCCCGUCACUGUGUCAUUGGAAAAGUUUCCGUGCCUUUAAGUGAAGUGGACCUGGUGAAGGGGGGACACUGGUGGAAAGCUCUGGUUCCCAGUUCUCAGAAUGAAGUGGAGCUGGGAGAGCUGCUGCUGUCACUGAAUUAUCUCCCAAGUGCUGGAAGAUUGAAUGUUGAUGUGAUUAGAGCCAAGCAGCUUCUUCAGACAGACAUGAGCCAAGGCUCAGACCCCUUUGUGAAGAUCCAGCUGGUUCAUGGACUCAAACUGGUGAAAUCCAAGAAGACUUCCUUUAUGAGAGGAACAAUCGAUCCUUUCUACAAUGAGUCUUUCAGUUUCAAGGUCCCACAAGAAGAGCUUGAAAAUGCCAGCCUAGUAUUUACCGUGUAUGGCCACAACAUGAAGAGCAGCAACGACUUCAUCGGGCGGAUCGUCAUCGGCCAGUACUCCACUGGCUCCUCCGAGUCCAACCAUUGGAGGCGGAUGCUAAAUACCCACCGGACGGCCGUGGAGCAGUGGCAUAGCCUCCGGUCCCGAGCCGAGUGUGACAGGGUUUCCCCUGCCUCUCUCGAGGUGACGUGAAAGUUCUUGUGUGAUUUAUCCCCCCCCAAAAAAAAAUUGAGAGGAAAAAUAAAAGGCUGACAUAGACACAUGCACAUACUAUACAUAUGAGUAGAGACACGCUUGCGUGAUCACCAUGGAAUGGAGAGCAAUGGACACCACUACUACGGUAACAAAACAGACUGCCUUGGAUAAGGUGCUUCCCAAGACAUUCCUGCGUCCCAUUCCCAGACGAUGUGAACUGUGCCCAUCGUUUCUUCUCUGGGACCUCCUGGACACACUGCUGAUGUUGCCGCCCCUAUAACCUUUGCCCCACGACUUCAUUUCCAAUGCCAAGGGCACGUUUGAAUUAGCAAGAAGAAGGCUGCCCAGUCUCUACCUGCCUGGCUUGCUGGGGGUUGGGUCAGAGUGUGGGGAGAUUCCUUCCCCACCCCCCAAUCCCCCUCCCCGGAAAUGGUCACUGUCAGCUGACAGCACGUGCACACUUGAUUUCUCUUUCCCAGAGGUAUAAGUAUCUAUGUAUUCUCUUGGUGAAUGUGAUGAGUAGCUUAGAUUGUUUGGGAAAAAAAUUCCAAUAUAUAUAUAUAUAUAUAUAUAUAUAAAAUGUGGUAAAAGAAUUUCUGACUUAACAAAUCUGUCCUUGUGUUAGCUUAUUUCCCUGCAACUUGUCAGUAUAUAUGCUUAUGUUCUUGUCUAAAGGCACACGUGUGUAAACGUGUGUGCACCGAAGCCCUCUCGUGUGGAAGAUGGCGUGCCGGGACCUAGAUCUCUUGCCUUCCCCCAUUACUAAGUUGUCAUACAACUACAUCCUGUUUGUCAGAGACCCUCCUGUCUACUAUUCACAUAACUAUAUGUAAAGUAUGUGGAAUAUAAUAUAGCAAAAUAAUCCUUUGGAGUGGACUCAUGGACCAAUCCAGAGAAAACCAAUGGAGACAGUCACCGAGGGCCAACGCCAUGGAUCGAAGUAUUCCCAAACCUCCAUUGGGCUCGAUCUCUUUCCUUGACAGACUCUUGUGUGUCAUUCUGUGUUUGUGUGUGAAUCAAAAUCAUUCCCCCUCCCAUAACCCCUAAAUUAAGGAGGUAGCCUAGUUAGAGAGUAGAGAGUAGAACUGUUUACUCUUUCGAAUGCUUCUGUACAUUUUUUCAGAACAUAUUGUCUGGUAUGAUGGAGUGUAUAUUUAUUGAAAUUAAAGAUCUAUUUAUUUGUGCCAUGCACUCAAA